GUAUUUUUAUUCUUUGGUGUUGUUCUCACUCUGCCAGCUGACAUCCCUCUCUUCAUCUGGAAACAAUGCAUGUUUCAAGGUUUAUUACUCCCCGGCCCUGUUUGUUACAUCACAGCACAGGCACUAUUGAUUAUUGCAGUCGUUGUCUUCAUGGCGGUUUUGAUGAGAGAGUUUCAUCGCUUAAAAGAGGAAGCCCAGUGGAAUGUGAUUGACCAAGCCGAGUCCUACUACAACAUCACAGAAAGCAUGUAAACCAUUCAGAUCUACUAAACACUUGAAAUGCAAAUGCAGCUAUCUUACGUCAUGCAAUGAAUGAUGGGAUAGCCCAGGGCCCUCUUUCUGAUUGACCCAUGAAUUUGUGUAGGUAUUAAAAAGUAGUGAAAUAUAAAAAAAACCCGAAGGCAUUUCACGACUGUGAUACCACAGGUAUUCCAGUAAAAACACUAAUGUAUAUAUUAAUUAAUAAUAUAAUGUAAGCUGCCAUUUUAUUAAUGAAAUAUCAUCAUUAAAUAUUAAUCACAAUUAUUAUCAUAUUUUGCUGUUAGUCUAUUUCCUUAUCACAUAACUAACACAUUCUUUACUUUAAUGUCCAGUAUUUAUGAGGAACUAAUCUUUUUUUCCUAAAAAGAAUAAAAUGAUUUUCAUCUCUUGACUUUAACUUCCUUUUUAAAUACUUUUCAACAAAGCAAGCUCUUUUGGCAAUAAUUUAGACUAUAUUAUGCUGUAGCACUGGGAAGAAUGAUCUUUUGUUCGGUUGACUGCCAUGGAUGGUGGCAUCUUUCAAUCUUCUCAUAGUUCAAGAGUUUUAAAGAUGACUUUCAGAGAGGAUUCGUAAUGUGUGUAACAGGUAUCAAAGUUCACAGUAACUGUGUUCUUAAUUGUAAGUCAUGGAAUAUCAGGGUCUUCCAUACAUUGAUGAUUUACGUAUCAUGGACUGAGGCGUGAGUGAACACUUUAAAAUCAUCAUUUGUAGAGGUAUUGUUAGCCCUUUGUAAGGAAAUACAAUAGCAAGACACUAGAGUGCUCACACUAAAUCCGUGAAAAAAAUACUAAUUUUUAGCACUAAAUAGUGAUAUUUAAACAAUAGGAAACAAAGGAUUCUGUAUUAAAUAGUACUAAUUAGUACUAUUUAAUGUUCACAGUGUUAGUGCGUGCACUCUAAUGUGGUAUUGAGCUUAACCUUAUUUAAAGUCUAUAACAUUUUCUGAUUGGCCAAAAACCAAUAAACUAUUUCCCCAUGG